UGUUUGUGGUAUAAAAAUAAAGCCUCCGUCCUAGAGAUCAGUCAGUCACAUACAGUCAGUGUAUUAUCACACACAGCAAGAAACAGGAAGCUACCAUGCAGAUCCCUUGUACUGUUCUCGUAUCCACGCUGUUUGCUGUGGCAGCACAUGCUGGCUACCUGGGAGUCCCCGCUCACCAUGCACUGGAUUAUUACGCUUACCCCAAAUACUCUUUCGACUACGCAGUGAAGGACGCUCACACAGGCGACGCCAAGAGCCAGUGGGAAACGCGAGACGGCGACGUGGUUAAGGGAGAGUACAGCCUCGUGGAGCCGGAUGGAUCUGUGAGAAUCGUGGAGUAUUCCUCGGAUAAGCACAACGGAUUCAACGCCAUCGUAAAAAAGGUCGGACAUGCUUCUCAUCCCAGUACCUUGGCGGCAGCACCGUUUGGUCACAACCACGGAGGCUAUUCAAGCGGCGGCGCUUUCGGAUACUACGGCUAAUACCGGAACUAAGUUACUUUCACGUUCAACACUUUUUCAUAACUUCCUUUUCCCCAAAUGGUAUUUGUGUAUUGCCUAUUUCGUUCACUCCUGAGUUAAAUUUUAAGUAAUAUACAUAUUUAUUAAUGUUUUUAAUGUCAAAUGUUGCUCUUUUUAAAGUAUUUGUGCACACAUCUUGAAUUGUUUUAUCGUUUGAAUAAACAUUAUCUUAUAAACAGA